UUGUUUUGAUUUAAAAGCUCAAUCACUCCGCUAAAUUAUAAAAUAAAUAUUUAAAUUCAUCUUUGAUUGUAGAGAAAAAGCUAAGGAUGUUGUAAAUUAGUAGAUAUUGGCUUAUUAUUUAGGUACUUCUUUAGAUAUAUAUCUGUAGAUGGAACAAGAAAAACGAAGUGAUAAAGAUAGUGUUGAAAAGUUCGACAUCAAGCUUAAAUCGAAACCAAAGGAUGGAAUUAUCCUGCAGCUUCAUCACACGGUUCGCGGCUCCAACGGGGAGACGCGCAGAAUACGGUUUUCGACGGGCACUUUCGACGACAGCCAAGAGAAACUGGCCUGCGCCGACAAUGCCGGUAAUCUAUUCAUUCUGGAUUUUACCGAACUCAAAUUUUGGAAACUCGCCGGGGUAGGGCCUUCCAACGCACUCCAAUUCGUACCACACAAAAUCGGCACACUGGUAGUCGCAAAUUCUAAAAGUUAUGAAAUAUCUUUUCUCGACAUCGAAUCUAGUCGCGUAUCGCUAACGCUGGCCGGUCAUACAGCACCAGUCAAACACAUCUCCUUCUCAAACAGCAAACUUAAUAAUUUGUUAACUGCUAGUCCAGUAGAAGCCAUUCUCUGGGAACUCCGUAAUUAUACAAAGUAUUUCACUCUGAAUACAUAUUUGGGAGCUCAAAUACAGCAAAUCAUGUUCACUCCUGGAGGUGAUUAUCUUGUUGCCUGUUUUCAAAAUGACACUGUCCAAAUAUGGAAGCAUGAGAAUAUGAAAUCUGUGAAACAAAUCAUACCAAGUGAAUUGAAACAUAUGAAAAGCAUUGCAUUCACCAUGAAUGGCCGAGCUAUGGCUAUGUCUGGUCAUUCUCCCACAUUAAUUUUAUUCAGCAUGGAUACUUGGAAAGCUUUAAAAUCUAUUAAUUUAUCAAAAAUGAACAUAUCUGGGGCACAACAGAUAGCAUUCAUCCCCCAAGUGUUUGAUGGUGGAGCAAAUAAAGUACUGGCUGUUCUUAGCAGUGACUGUACUUUAAAUUUCAUAGACUUAGAAUCAGUGACUGUCAUAUACACAAUAUGUACUGAAUCAUCUGGUAUUCGCAAGUUCGUUGUCAGUCCAAGUGGUAAAUAUUUCCUGUGUGUAUUGCAAUUGGGAGAAGUAAACAUUUAUAACUCAGCACAUGUGUUAGACAUGGCUCAAAGUGCUAAAGGUGACAACGUGAAGGAGGAGGCCCCUUGCACUUCAGCACAUAGACGGAUACCUCAUGAUCUCUCUCCAUCUAAAGUUGAAGUUGAGCAAAAAAUGAAGUGUUGCAUGGAUAGUGCUAGAUUGAGAAGGAUAUUAAUGCAAUAUGGUGAAUACCCAGAUAAGUACAGAUCUGCUAUUUGGAGAUCACUGUUAAACACCCCUAGAAAUAAAGUGGCUUAUUCAGCAUUAAUAGAUAAAGGCAUUCAUCCGUCAUAUAAGGAUAUAGAAAAACAGUUUACCAUUCACAGUUCUGCUACACUCAAAAAUUUAAAGAGACUGUUAUCAUGUCUUGCUCAUUGGUGUCCUCUGUUUGCUGUUAUGAAGUUUCUACCAGAAUUUGUUUUCCCUUUUGUGAAGGUGCUACAGAAGGAUCCCCUACUAUUGUUUGAGUGUGUUGCAACUAUACUGUUGAAUUAUUGCCAACUUUGGUUUGAGUAUGCACCUUUUCCUCCAAUUAGUAUAUUGGCUAUGAUAGAAAACAUUCUGGCAGAACAUGAUCAGCAUCUCUUGAAUCACUACUGUGAAGCAGGUAUAACAAGCCAAACAUAUGCCCUGAAAAUAAUGGAAACAGCUUUUAGUGAAGUGCUGACUUGUUCUGAGUGGCUUAUUUUAUGGGACCACAUACUUAGCAAUGAAGCAUGCUUCAUUGUAAUGGCAGUGGUAUCUUAUAACAUAGUACAAAGAAAUGCAAUCAAAAGACUGACUACCCAUGAACAACUUGAAAACUUCUUCCAUUUACAAAACCCUAUAGACAAAAAGUUAUUUUUGAAAAGAGCGUAUGUUCUACUUAACGAUACCAGUGAAGAUAUACAUCCAAGAAAAUUCUUUAACAGUUUCAUGUCUUUAGACAAAGGUGACUGCUAUCAACAAUUUACUGGAUAUCCAAAAGCUACUAUAUGCCUCAAACUAGCUAAGAAAGAAAGGAAGCAAGAUCUUAAAAGUAAUAAAAAUACAUUGAAGGAACUUACAAAAAAGAGUCAGGAAAAGCAAAUAAGUGACAGAUUACAUAAAGAGGCUGAUACUGACAAUAAAUCUGUAAAUAGUUCUUUUGAAGAAUGUGAUUAUAAGAAUAUCAAUAAAACCAAGAAAGCUCAAAAAAGUGCUUUGUGUACCAAAGAGUUCUUAGAAAAUGUAAUGUUUCCAAAACAAGACCACAAAAAUCAUGAAGAGCCAAAACCCUCUAGGAAGGUAAGAGACAGCAGUACAUGCAAAUCUUCAAAAUCUAAGACAAACAAAAGAGUGCAGUCAGCAAACAAAAAUAAUAAUACCUUAGAAAAGGAAGUUCAAAAACUAUUAAUUACAGGCUCAAAUUCUGAUGCGACUGAAUAAUAUUAAUUCUUAUAAUGCAUCUGUGCCUUAGUGGUGGAAAUAUAUAUUUUUUAUUUAUUGUUUUCCUUAUAAUUUAAUUAAGUUACAAGAUACUUACAAAUAAUUUACCUUUUUAUAUUGUUUUACUUUAAACACACCGACAAACAUUGAAUCAUGGUCACCCUUAUUUUAGAAAGUAUAUGCUAUUUUAAAGAAAAGUUUACUAGAAAAAGUUCCACGCGGACCAGGCAGCAGACGGGACUCGAACCCACACCCUUCGCUAUCCGGGCUAAUGCAC